GCCCUGGCGGUUUCCUAAUACCCCCGUUAUUUACACACAAUGUUCGUUGGAUCUCUCCCAAUUGACAAGCGCUUGGAGCGAUAUACCCCUUAUGAAUUCACGGCCGAUCUGUCUGAAUUAAAAGAGGGCGAUCGUGCCGCCAUCAAACCGCUGGUUCAAGCUGCCAAGAUCAUUGACAAGAUUUAUAUUCGUCAAGCAUGGGCUGGUAACGAGCAGCUCAAGAAAAAAUUGGAAGAGCUGGGAGACGAGAAGCUUCUCACUCUCUUCAACAUGUACAAGGGGCCAUGGGCGAAAGAGGAUGAUAAUGCGCCAUUUGUAAAAGGUGUGCCAGCUAGACCAGAAGGUGCCAAUUACUAUCCCGAAGACAUGACUACGCAAGAGUUCGAAAAAUGGGUCGAGACACUUGGGCCUAAGGAACGUAAAGAAGCAAAGGGCUAUUAUAGCGUAGUUCGCCGUGACAAAUCUGAUACCUUGCAUACUAUUCCAUAUUCCGAAGAAUACAAGGAUCUGUUGGAGUCAGCUGCACGUCAUUUGAAGGAGGCCGCUGAGUUGGUGGUGGAUGAAUCGCUCAAGAAGUUUUUGACAUCCCGUGCUGAUGCAUUCGCCAGUAACGAUUAUUUGGAUUCAGAGGUCGAUUGGUUGCAUAUCAGCAAGGACUCGGCAUUGGAAAUCACCAUCGGUCCUUACGAAAAUUAUACUGAUGAACUUUUUGCCCUGAGAGCUGCUUACGAAUCCUAUGUUCAUGUUAGAGACUUUUACUCCUCAAAAUUAUUAGAAAAGUUUUCAGAUCUUCAAUUUGUUGAAGAUAAACUUCCUAUCCCUGAUAAGUACAAGAACAAGGAACUCGUGGCCGCACCUAUCGUGGUAGUUAACCAAUUAUAUGCUGGUGGUGAUGUUGCUGUUCCUACUACGGCCGCCUAUAAUCUCCCCAAUGAUGAAGAGGCUAUCAAGCGAGCGGGAUCCAAGCUAGUUCUCAUUAAGAAUGCUCAGGAGGGCAAAUUCAAGCACGUCUUGACACCUAUUGCCAAAUUGGUGAUUGCAGAGGAUCAACAAAAAUACGUUGUCAGUCGUGCCUUCACCACCCACGUACUUUUGCAUGAAGUCAGUCAUUCCAACGGACCUCAUCAUACACAAGAAGGCGAUACAGUGCGAUCUCAUUUGCAAGAACUUCACUCAGCAUUUGAGGAAGCUAAAGCAGAUAUUGCUGCCCUGUUCGCAGCUUCCAUUUUUGUAGAAAAAGGCACUAUUGACGAUGUCAGUAAGGAAGAGUUCUGGGUAACCUUCUUGGCAUCCGCAUUCCGUUCCAUUCGUUUCGGUAUUCAGGAAGCACAUGGCAAAGGUCAAGCAAUGCAGUUGAAUUAUCUUUUGGAGAAGGGAGGCUUCGAAAUUGAUUCUGACGGCCGCUAUAGAGUCAACUUUGACCAUAUAGAACAAGCCGUUUCUGAUCUCACCCACGAUAUUCUUAUCUUGCAAGGAGAAGGCAUCAAAUCGAAGGUGGUAGAUUUUGCCAACAAAUAUGCAAAGAACCAUCCAGAGACCAAGAGAACACUCGAUGCCAUUGAAGAAGCUGGUAUUCCCAUCGACAUUAGACCCUUGUACCCAAUCGAUGCUUAAGAAAGAAGCACAAAGCAGAUUGCACGGUUCACUUUAUCGUU